CGGACAAACUAGAUAUUUCGAUUUCUCGGACGAAGACACGACCAACAGGAGGGAGAGUGAAUUAAAAAAACAAAGCAAAAGAACAACACUUUCUAAUCGAAUACAAACUACAUUUCGAACAAAAACCACAUUCUGUAACAGAAAAACAAACCAACCGUGGCUUAACAAAAAGCGGACUUGGACAAACGUGCUCAAAGUCGGUGGUGUCGAGGCGGAAGAGGUUUGUUGUUUGAUUUUACACACGUGCACGAGCACGUACACGGCUGGGGGUUUUUUUGUUCCCCAAAAGGACAAAAACGUCGGUCAUUUUGUUUUGUUAAAGAGACACCUAGAGGACUAACAGUCAACUGUAGUUUUGAAUAGAGACGCGGGGACACGUCGGGGUCUUCUGUUUUUUCAGUCGGAGUUUCAACAGUGUCCGUUUAGUCCAAGAAGAAACGACGACAAACGAUCGGAGAUCCGGAAACAAAUGACCAGGACUCUAGAGGGCAGUGUUUGAACGACGAGGCAGGAGCAGACCGGACUGGUCCAAACAGAACCAGGAUGGGGAACAGCAGCAGUGACAGGACCAGUGGGGGGCAGCCUGGAGGCAAAGAAGCCCGCUCCAACAUCCUGAUCGACAGCAGUGAGGACGCAGAUCUGUUCCAGAGGGAGGACUCGAAGGCUCCGCAGGAGAUCCAGGAGUUCCUGGCCUGGCAGCAGGACCUGGAGAGCGACAGCAAGAGUCCAACGCAGGCUCGCCCGACCGUCUUCAGAUGGACAGGGGGCGCUAAAGAAGUCUUUGUGUCAGGCUCUUUUAACAACUGGGCCACCAAAAUCCCCCUCAACAGAAGCCGGAACAACUUUGUUGCCAUAGUGGACCUGCCAGAGGGGGAGCACCAGUACAAGUUCUGUGUGGACGGUCAGUGGACUCUGGAUCCCACUGGGGCCGUGAUGACGUCUAAAACUGGAACUGUCAACAACGUCAUCCAGGUGAGGAGAACGGACUUUGAAGUGUUCGAUGCCCUCAAAGUGGACUCGCAGGACUCAGCUGACCUCUCAGACCUGUCCAGCUCUCCUCCGGGCCCCUACCAACAGGACGGGUACGUGGUCAAAUCGGAGGACAAACUCAAACACCCCCCCAUCCUGCCCCCGCACCUGCUGCAGGUGCUGCUCAACAAGGACACGGGUAUCUCUUGUGACCCCACGCUGCUCCCGGAGCCCAACCACGUCAUGUUGAACCACCUGUACGCCCUGUCUAUCAAGGACGGCGUGAUGGUUCUCAGCGCGACGCACCGAUACAAGAAGAAGUACGUGACCACGCUGCUGUACAAACCCAUCUGACGACCCGGUGACCUUUGACCUGUGGAGCUUUCUGAGGAGACAACUGAACGUGAAAGUGAAGCUAACGAAUUGUUUUAUUUUUAAAAAAAAUCUUAAUCGUAAUUGAAGCUGUCGUAGUUUUAAAAUUCCCGUAUGUUUCCGUUGCUGUACUCGUAUGGUUUGGACCAAUGAGCUGUGAGAAAAUCGUCAGGUGAUCUGUGGAACAAUAUCCAUUUUCACUUAAUUUUAUUUUAUUUGUCGCAAAUGAUUCUUUUUCGCCCGUCUGUGCCCCAGUGACAGGCAGAACAAUUAAAUUCUCUUCCACCAGGGGGCAGCAGAAGGCUAUUAAAAAUGGAGACUCGGAGCUGGUAAAAAAGAUUUUCGUGUUCCUUUCUUUAAUUCCUGUCAGUAUAUCAGCUCUGUGUUCAACUAAACAGGACUUUGCAAUAAAGAUGAUUUCAAGUGUA